ACUACCAGCUACCCUGACGGAGGGGGUCUAAGACCAUAUGUUUUUAUCUUAUUCCAUUUAGUAUGAACAUUUCCUAUAUAUUUCAUAACUAUAAAAAUGUGUUGUUUUCUGUCACGGAUAACGGAGAAAUAACAAUGUUUUCUUAAUGGACUUUUAACUAAAACAUUAAGUGUGGAUUUUUCGGAACCACUAUGAAAGGGAACUCUGUAAAUAUCCUCGUACUAGGAAAGGAGGGCGUUGGAAAAACAGCACUAGUUGUCCGCUUUCUGACCGGAAGGUUUCUAACGGAGUAUGCGCAGUGCGAUGAAAUGGCGUACGAAAGGAGCAUCACGUUGGAUGACAAGCAAGUGUCUCUCAAGGUCAUAGACGUUGGAGGCAAGAGCAUAGACAAAAAGUCUAGUUCGAAGGAGUGUCUCCAGAAGAUUGAUGGCGCAGUUGUUGUGUACUCCAUCACCGAUCGACAGAGUUUUGACGUAGCCGAAUCCGUCGUUGAUUGGCUGAGAAGAGAACGUAGUUCAUGCAUUCCACUGGUGUUGCUAGGCAACAAAUGUGACCUUGACCACGCUCGGGCUGUCUCUACCCAGAAAUCAGAGGAUAUCGAAUGGCGAAACACUGGGUACAUGAUUUCCGAAUGUUCUGCGUCAUCAGAUUCCGAGGGAGUGACGAAGAUUUUCCACAUGCUUGUCCGAAAGAUACUGGAAAAACGUGACACUCACUUAAAGGUCCAGAGGAAGUUGUCAUUAUCGCACGCGCCACUUGGCUCACCCAAAUUGAUCCGAGCCCAUCUUCGCCGGCGGUUUAGUGUGUUUACACGAGAACGGACGUCUACAAUGUAGCAGUGUUUUAUAAACAAAACUGUUUUUUUUAUUCUAGUCACAAGAAUUUUUAUUUUACAAGGAGUGUUCCUAUUCCUGUAAAAAAGUUGAUGGAAGAUGGAAUAAGUAUUUGUGUUUAGACGAAAUACACGGUAUCGUAAUCUGUUUCAUUGUUAUGUACCAAGGUAACAAGGUUAUCUUACUGCAUAGCAGAUGUAAUCUAGUGUCUAUGGAGAUUCCAGUCAAUGUAACGCAGGAUAGAAAAAUUGAUAGAACGAUUUCCGUGAAAAUCGUCAGAGAUUUGAGUCUUUGCCAUUGAUACAUAAACAUCAAACACGCAUACGAUCUGGAGGAUUGUGUUAAGAACAAUGUCUACCAACAAUGUCUGUGUUUCAAAAUACCGCUAUUGUAAAGAUACGCCAUAGCGAUGAAACGUCCGUAGACUUCGGAUCAUGUGUAGAAGUUGGAAGAGUGAUCGCAUAUCAUAUAUUUCCCAACUUUUCAGGAAUCAGCGUCGGUCGUCCUCACAUGGAAACACUUGUUUGCGGCGCUGAGACAUCAAGAGAUGACACAAGAACUGGACCCUGGGUCAUUUGUAUAAAAAAUGAAGAUGUAUUGCCAUAUAUUUCUACCGAUGUGAAAAUUCGUGAGGGGCUCGACUUUUCACAACAGAUUUCCGCAAUAUGUGUAGAGAACAUAUUGUCAGCUGACGACCGUCGUGGAGUAAUCACGUGUUGAACUCAUACAGUUAUGAGUAUACCCCCUAAGAGGAUAAUUUCUGUUCUGUGAUACAGCUGGAUGCAAAACAUGUUGAAAGGGUGACACCUAAUUUUUUUUUUAGGUCAUCUGACCCAAAGGGUCAGGAUGACCUAUAGUCAUCGUGCUUCGUCCGU